AUGAGUGCAACAAAGACAAGUGACUCAAGGCCAGCAAGAACAAGAGCAACCUCAAUACGAAGCACAGCAGGAAGAGUUAGCCCUGGUGCUACCCAAGAAGAAAUAACAAAAGCUUAUAGAAAAUUGGCUUUUAAAUAUCACCCCGACCGAAAUCGGGGCAAUGAAGAUUUAAUGAAUUCGUCGUCGGCAACUUCGGGAAUGCCGGGGAAAAAAUUUCAAUUCUCCAACAAACCUGACUCAAAUAAAUUUAAAGAGUUUGAGGAGAUGUUAAAGGAAGUAACGAGAAACCUUGAUAAAAUAGGAGAAGACCUUAAUGAACAAAGAGAAACCGGUGUAUCUGUUUCCGAUUUAGACUCUAGUUUAUGGUCUCCUUAUGGUGAUUGGAAAGAAAAAGUUAAAAACUCUUUUGCCAGUAGUUUAGAUGUUUUUUUAAGUAAUAUGAGAAUUGCGAUUAAUAAUGCGGA